AUGGGUUGGCAACUUGCUUCACACGGGCUGUUCGAUGUACGCAUAAAGGCUACAGGUGACAUACAUAUUGAUGAUCAUCACACGAAUGAAGACGUUGCCCUUGCUAUUGGAACCGCUUUGCUGCAUGCUCUUGGCGAUAGGAAGGGUAUUAACCGGUUUGGUAACUUCUCUGCUCCACUGGAUGAAGCAUUAAUCCAUGUUUCACUGGAUUUGUCUGGCCGACCACAUCUAAGUUAUAAUUUGGACAUACCCACUCAGAGGGUUGGGACAUAUGAUACUCAGUUGGUGGAGCAUUUCUUCCAAUCCCUGGUGAACACGUCUGGUAUGACACUUCACAUUCAGCAGUUAAUGUUUUAUAUUCCAAUUUUGAAAACUUUUAACAGAAUAUAUAUUGAAGCAACCUUCAAAGCUUUUGCUCGGGCUAUUCGACAAGCAACAGGGUAUGAUCCACGUCACCGAAUUUCUAUGUGCAGUUCGAAAGGGGUUCUGUCUCGUAGCUAA